AUGAAACUGUUGAGUUGCUCAUGUUCAAAUUAUCAUAAAUGCGAACACGCACGAGGUGUACCUAGGCAUGGAGCCGCGAGAAGACCAAUUUACCGCCAAAACCUAGAUCAUCGAGGUGACGACGGUUCGUUCCAAUAUAUACCUUUCUUCCUCAUUUGUCUAGACACACCGUUCAUCAUUCCUCCACAUACCUUUUGCACUCCCUCUUCUCCAACAACCCAGAUAGACAUUCCAGCCGAAGCAUGGUUUAAGGUGCUACUUUUGGUUGCAAAGCACUCCUCUGAAGAUCUGUACAGCAUGGCGGGGACAUGCAAGUUAUUUGAAGAAAUGCUAAAUGAUCCUGAGGUUUGGCAAACCGUGUCUGUAGAGAAGUACCAGUGGCAUCCUGAAUGGUACAGGUUUGAUCAAGAGAAACUUGUUGAGUUCUUGCAAAAGUGCAAGGAACACAGCAAUCCAAAAAUCAUUUACAAAGAAGCUGUAACACAAUUCUUCAUAUUCAAAGAUGAUGAGGCUGUCAACAACUUCCGGGUGGCGGCUAAGGCAGAGCAUAUGGAAUCCUCCAACAUUGUUGGCUUGCUAAGGCUGGUGAACCCUACGGAGGGUGAAAAGGAUGCGAUGAAAUGGUUGUGCCAUCUAAGAAAAAUGAAGAAAAUUGACAUGCAAGCAUGCAGGGCAUCAUUUUUUAAUCUACUGAUGAGGUAUACCAUUUCCGGCGUGGCGACUCCUCCAACUCUUGCAAAGUUUACUGCUGAUAGAAAUUUUAUUCUUACCCGCAUUAACUGUGAGGGUGUUAACUGUGUGGGUAAUCGGGAGUGGUAUUUCACAUUCCAAUGGGACUGGCUGGGAGGGCGACUACUUUGA